CACGGGGAAAGGAUAGAAAGCUUGGAAAAGUGGAGAGUGAUGUCCCAAACCACAGGCUGGCAGCCUUGCCCACAGUUUGCUGCUCUCCUCCAGGCUUUACAAACACUUUCAUAACUGUUCUGAGAGGAAGAAUUUCUGCUCUGUAUUCCAAUGCACCGAGACAGGCAAAAUUGUUCUGUGCUGCCGUGGAUGUGAAGUCCUCUCCGUGCUGCCUCUGCUUUUCUCCCCCAGAAACUCCCAGGCCCCUGAAUUUGCAGCCUCAGACAUCCCCCCCCCAAAAAAAAGCUCUGCUGGAUCUGGAUGGAAGCUGGACCAGGGGAUGAAUUAGGAGGGAAGAAAGAGUGAAGUUGGUGAUUUUUCUGGCACAUGGAUGCAAUUACACUCAGUGCAUUCCAGAGGCGUUCCUUUGAAUCCUGUGCAGGUCUGCCUGCCGUCCUUGGGAGAGAGGAAGAAAAAGGGAGGAAAAGUCCCUCUUGGAGACGGAAUGUCUGCAUUUCCAGCCCUCUUGUUAGCUUGCUGUUCUGUUUGGCUCUGCAAGGCUCAGACUGAAUUCAAGAGAGUGGCAGAAGAAAACGUGACCCUGCCCUGCCACCACCGCCUGGGGCUGCUGGAGCAGGGCAGCCUGGACAUCGAGUGGCUGCUGCACAUCUCUGAGACCGUGCAGAAAGCGGUGAUCACCUACUCUGGGGGCCGUGUUUAUGAUGACCUGAACGAGGAGCAGAAGGGCCGUGUUUCCUUCACCUCCAACUUCCUUGCUGGAGAUGCAUCUUUGCAAAUCAUCUCCCUGCAGUCCAGUGAUGCAGGGAAAUACAUCUGCAAGGUCAAGAACGCUGGGCAGUACGAGUGGGCUCGCAUCACCCUCAAGGUCGUAGAGAAACCCUCCAAGCCCAAGUGCUGGCUGGAGGGGGAGCUGCAGGAGGGGAAGGAGCUGUCCCUGCAGUGCCGCUCCGCCUCGGGCACGGCGCCCAUCUCGUACCGCUGGCAGCGCCUGGGCGAGGAGCAGAGAGCCGAGCAGCUCCCGCCCAACUCCAGAGUCAACAUCUCGAACCCGGGGCAGGUGCUGCUGAAGAACCUGACUCAGAUGAGCACGGGGCUGUACCAGUGCGUGGCCACCAACGAGGCGGGGCAGGAGAGCUGCGCGGUGCAGGUGACAGUGCAGCAUGCACAAAAUAUCGGCAUGAUCGCCGGGGCAGUGUGUGGAGUGGUGGUGGGGCUCUCCCUGCUUUUCCUGGUGGUGAGGCUGACAAUAAGGAGGAAAGAAAAGAAGAGAUACGAGGAAGAGGAGGCGCCGAAUGAAAUCAGGGAAGACGCAGAGGCCCCCAAGGCGCACCUGGUCAAACCCAGCUCCUCUUCCUCCGGCUCCAGGAGCUCCCGCUCGGGUUCCUCCUCCACCAGGUCCACAGCCAACAGUGCCUCCCGCAGCCAGCGGACUUUGUCCACCGAAGCCACUCCUCACCUGACCCCUCCCCAGUACAGCCAGCGGCAGCCGGACAGGAGAGAGCCGGAGCCCAAGAAAGCGGAUUACAGCACGGCGCUGAGGACGGGAGCGCCCGCGCAGAGCCGCGCCUUCCAGACCGUGUGAGCAUCCCCGGAGCAAACCCGGUGUAUCCCUGGAGCAUCCCCGGAGUAUCCCCGGGGCAUCCUGGAGCAUCCAGCACCGCACACAGCACCAGCCACUGCGCAUCGCCACGGUAGCUACUUCUCUUCCUGGUCACCUUAAUCUUAAUCACUCGGGAUUACUCACACCGCGAGGAGCCCUCCCACUCAAGUAUUUCUGAACAACUUCCUGCACUGAGGUUCUGAUACAGACUUAAGAAAGAGGGGAAAGGAAGUUCCUUUCUAAAUUAUCUUUUUUUUUUUUUUUUUUUUUUUUCUCUGUCUCCUUUGAAAAGGGAACACUGAGCAUUUAAAACCUACGAAGGGUGAAGUAUACUUCAGGCUAUACAAGUGAAAAGAAGCCAAACCUCAGGAUUUUUUAAAAGGGAUCAACAGAGACUUCAAGAUGCAUAUUAUUCCAGAGAGGUUUUGUGGAGAGGGAGAAGUCUCUUGGACUGGUUUUGGAGAAGUUUCUCAAAGAUGUGUUGUCUUAAGUGAAGGUUUUGAGGCUGAGGGUGUCCAGCCUCAAAGGGAACUGACAGGUGCUUCACAUUUUCUGCAUUCAAUGAAAUAAAUACUGGAGGCUGCAAUUAAAAUGGAAAUUAAAGGAUCACUCCUGAAGUACAAGAGAUGCAGCAUAAAGGUGUGUG